UAUUAAACACACACACAUUCAAAAGAGGAAACAGUUGGAUAGGAACUCAGAAAUCAUGUGACUAAUGACUAAGUUAAAUUUUUUCUACUUAUUAAAGGGGAAGAUUCUGAUGAUUAGUUGCUGAUUCCCCUUGCAUUUUUGUCGGUUUGGAGAUUUUUGAAUCAUGUUCCCAUUGAUGCUCUUUUCCACCCUGUUUUCUUCCAUUUUUACUGAACCUGGGGAGAAACAUUGGAUCUGCAACUCCUCGGAUGCAAGCAUUUGGUACAACUACUGUGAUGACAAGAAGUUCCCUAUUUCAAUAAGUACUAAACCCUGUAUAACAUUGAAGGGAAGCAAUGGAUACUUGUAUCUUUACUUCAUUCCAAGGAGAGACAUAAAAAAAUUAUAUUUCAAUCUCUAUAUAUCUGUUAAGUCUAUUAGUCUUCCAGAGCGCAAAGAAGUUAUUUGCCGAGGAUCUGAUGACAAUUACUCUUUUUGCAGAGCUCUGAAGGGAGAGACUGUGAAUACAACAAUAGGAUUCUCCUUCAAGGGACUACGAUUUUCUAAGGGACAAUACAACUGUGUUGCAGAAGCCAUCUCUGGGGACACUGAAGAAAGGCUCCUUUGCUUGAACUUCACCAUCAUACAUCAUCCUGAUUCCAGCUAGAAUAAAUGAAGUAUUAUAUUUUUGUUUUUCAAA